AUGGAGACUAUAAAAGAGGAGAGGAAAGAGUGGAGGGACAAGACAAGAUUCUCCAUACCUGCUGGCUGCUGCAACCAGACCAUACCUCAUCAGGUGGGACGACAUAUGACUGGUUUUCCUUUAAAACGGUUUUGUCUUUCCUCUCUCUGAAUCUGAUUUCAUGUGGUUUUCUGGUUUUUCAUGAUUUAGUUGCUGGCUUUAUUUCAGUCUCUUUCUACAAUGGAUAAAACAUUGUAAUAAUAUUUAUAGACUUUAUAAGCAGACUUGUUUCUUUCUCUCAUGUAUUUGCAGUCAACUACUCCAUACCAAAUCAAUACAAUAGAAUCUGCCAUCAACGUACUUGUCCCACAGUUCAAGACCUUUGCUGGGAAUGAUGGAUCCUCAAACACCCUGAACAAAGGGGAGUUCAGCAGCCUGGUGGCCUCUCAACUACCUACUUUUGUCAAGGUAAAUGGUCAUAAGUAGUGCACUACAUCGGGAAUAGGGUACCAUUUGGGACGUAGUCUUAGUCCUCUUCAACACCCACUUAAUACUUGGCAUCCAUUUCGCAAUACAUUAUUAUCUAGAGCAGUGAGUGAGUGGCUGAAUGACAGCCUGAUAACAAGCAUCAUAUACAGUGCAUUCGGAAAGUAUUCAGACCCCUUGACUUUUUCCACAUUUUGUUACGUUACAGCCUUUAAAAAUAAAAAAAACAUAAUGACAAAGCAAAAACAGUUUUUUAGAAAUGUGUGUAAAUGUAUUAAAAAUAAACGGAAAUAUCACAUUUACAUAAGUAUUCAGACCCUUUACUCAGUACUUUGUUGAAGCACCUUUUGCAGCGAUUAAGCAAAGGAACUCUAGAGCUCUGUCAGAGUGACCAUCGGGUUCUUGGUCACCUCCCUGACCAAGGCCCUUCCUCCCCUGAUUGCUCAGUUUGGCCGGGCGGCCAGCUCUAGGAAGAGUCUUGGUGGUUCCAAACUUCUUCCAUUUAAGAAUGAUGGAGGCCACUGUAUUCUUGGGAACCUUCAAUGCUGCAGAAAUGUUUUGGUACCCUUCCCCAGAUCUGUGCCUAGACACAAUCCUGUCUCUGAGCUCUACGGACAAUACCUUCGACCUCAUGGCUUGGUUUCUGCUCUGACAUGCACUAUCAACUGUGGGACCUUAUAUAGACAGGUGUGUGCCUUUCCAAAUCAUGCCCAAUUAAUUUAAUUUACCACAGGUGGACUCCAAUCAAGUUGUAAAAACAUCUGAAGGAUGAUCAAUGGAAACAGGAUGCACCUGAGCUCAAUUUAGAGUCUCAUAGCAAAGGGUCUGAAUAUUUAUGUAAAUAAGGUAUUUCAGUUUUAGUUUUUUUAUACAUUUACAAAAAAAUCUAAAAGCCUGUUUUCACUUUGUCAUUAUGGGGUAUUGUGUGUAGAUUGCUGAGGAAAAACAAUUAUUUAAUCCAUUUUAGAAUAAGGCUGUAACUUAACAAAAUGUGGAAAAAGUCAAGGGGUCUGAAUACUUUCCGAAGGCACUGUAUGUGAGUGAUAGCAGGCCAAAUCCUUUUCUGUGCCAUUUCUAUUGCUCUCGGAUGAGCUUGCAUACCCAAACACACACAUACGCACACAUCCAAAGUAGUGCACUAUAUAGGGAAUAGGGUGCCAUUUGGGACGUAGUCACUGAUAUUUGCUCUGGCAUAAACCUCCUUCCAUUUUAUUCUGCAAAAUUAUACUUUGCAACCAAAGUUGUCGAACUCAGACUCAAUGCCAUAUGAUCUAUAGUACUGUAGUAUUCUUGACCAUUAGAUGGCAGAGUAGCCUUUCCUUGCAGCUCAUUGCUAACCCAGUCUGGGCCUGAAUGGGUCUCUGUCCCCUCUCUCCUCUCUGAUUGCCUGCAGAAUGCCAUUGAUCCAGGUGCGAUCGAGCAGCUCAUGGGCUCAUUGGAUGAAAACAACGACGGGGAGCUGACAUUUCUGGAGUUCUGGCAGCUGAUUGGAAAACUUGCCAACAAGCAAGGGGGCUUUUAG